UAUUGCAGGCAAAGACAACUGCUGGUGCUUGGCAAUAGAGUGCCAGUGCUUGCGCCUGAUGCUUGGGUGGCGCCAAAUGCAGUGAUUAUUGGAGACGUGGAUAUAUUUGAUCAGGUGAGCAUCUGGUAUGGGGCGAUCUUGAGAGGCGACCUGAAUGCAAUCCGCAUUGGGGCAUACUCAAACAUCCAGGACAAAUCCAUUCUCCAUGCAGCCAGGACGUCCCCCACAGGGCUACCUGCGUCAACCACCAUCGGCAGGUAUGUGACCAUCGGGCAGGGAUGCCUGUUGAGGUCAGCCACGGUGGAGAAUGAGUGUAUCAUCGGCGACCGGAGUAUCUUGAUGGAGGGGUCUCUGGUGGAGAAGCAGAGCGUGCUGGCUCCUGGCACUGUGCUGCCGCCUGGCCGCUUGGUGCCCUCAGGGCAGCUCUGGGCUGGCAACCCCGCCCGCUAUGUCCGAGACCUCACGAAAGACGAGAAAGAGGAGAUUCAGGCCAUUGCCACAGGAGUCUUUGGGACGAUUGACAAGCACUUCUCAGAGUUCCUGCCGCACAGCUUUGCGUAUGUAGAAACAGAGAAGGUCAGA